AUGGCCCAAAGUGUGCGACCAAGAGUGUGUGUUCAUUUAUUUGUCUUUGCAGUCUUUCUUUCCUGGAGGCCAAACUUUGUGCCAACUCGAUCUCCAAGGGUUGCGCGAGCUGCAGAAACACAGGCCAAGGGCGCUAAGUCUGAGAAGUCGAAUUCUGCUCGUUCGACAGCAGACUUUGAAGAAGUGAAACCCGGCAGCUCGGGCGAGGGCAUGAAGAGAGCUCGGCAGUUCUUGGCCUUGGAACCCUUAGAUGAUGAGGUGAAUCAGUGGGAAGCGGACAUGAAGGCUGGAGGCGGCUUGACGGCUGAGGAGGAGCGGAAGAAAUGGGUGGCCAUCAUUUCUGGAGCUGUGACGUUUCUCUUGGGUGGUAGCUAUGUCCUCCUGAAUGUCUUCAUGGACAACACAGACUGGUCCAACUUUGCAGGGGAGCGGACCCUCUCAGCGGAGGACCUGAAGCUGUUGGGAAACUGA